UUUAACUAAGAAACAUAUUUUCUCUGUUUAUAUUGCGUUUUAGAUAACUAUUGAAAAAUUCAAAGUAUUUUGUAAUAGUAACAUUUUCAUGUUAUUUAAUGUAGAAUGACUUAUUUAAUUAUGACUAUAGCCUUGCUCUUCACAAAUGUCUAUUUCAUGACAUUCACUUUGGGAAAAACAAAUGAAUUGGAUCCAUUAAAGUUACAGACAAAUACGGAUUGGGUUUCCAGUGAAAUCAUUUACGACGAGGAUUUCCUUAAUCUUAUUAAUAAAUUCAGAACGGUAGAAACGGUAGAAACUGCGGAUGGCCUAGGCCCCGUUAUUUUAGAUGACAUAGAUAAAAGUGUAUUGCAAAAUCAAUGUGAAGGAGACUUGGAUUGCAUCCAGAUAAAAUCGUUAUCAAUAAAAAAGUAUAAAAUAAAAAUGGAAGCAUUACAGUGUGUCAAUGCCGUGAUAGUGCAUUACAUAUUAAACGUCGCCAAAACAAAUCAUUUCAAUUCGAAUACAAUUGAAAGUUACAAAUUUUACCAUUACGCAAAUUUGAUCAUGCAACGGAUGUUAUCCGUUUUGUAUAUCAGCAAAACCCUUGCGCACAAAUGGUUAUGGACCAUUUUAAUUCAGAUGUUUUCCAAGUUUGCCUGGCCCUACAUUUAUUUGCCAGGUAAUAAUAAUUCCUUUUACAUUCAGCACAUAGAACAAUUAUUGCAACAUAUUGUCCUUUGUCAAUCUAACAAUUACUUGUCGAUCCCCGUCGACAGACCAUCUAAUUCGAAAGCUUAUUACGAUACCAUUGUAAAGAUGGAUAUAGUCCAGUAUAUAGUAGAGCUAUACGAUAACCAAUCUAACGACAACUUAGAAGAUUUCUUUAUCUUUGGAGACUUUUGGAUUGACAAUUUGGUUUUAUCCGAAUUCCUCUACCGCGAUACUGACUUGUUCGAUCCGUUUCUUAAAGAUUUUAUAGUUUGGGGGUCAUCCAAAAAGUUGUUGCGAAACGAAAAAGACAAACUUAAAGCCGUUGUACACACAUUCAAGUGGAUUAAUGAGCCAUUCAGAUUUAUUGAAUAUCAUAGUCGGGUGUUGCGCGUUAUAAAAAUAAAUGCAUAUUCCUACAUUUGGACGCAUAUGAAAUUAUUCGAAAGCACUUUAAGUCAAGCCAAAAACCAUGUAAAGGAAAUACAUAUUAAAGUUGCGGACCCGUCUAUUUGGAAGUUGCCUUGUGACCCCCUAAGAUGGAUCACGGAUAUGAUGUAUCCUGACUAUGGCGACCCAGUGUUCCUCAGUCUUACCGCUCAGCUGUGUUCUGAUGUGAACGAAUUUGACGGAGAGUUUCUGGAAAAACUUCGAUACAUGACAAAAAUUGCGAAAGAAAUUAUUUCAAUCGAUAUGAAGGAAAUAGGCGCCGAAGAUAACGACGUUGACGCCACUUUUUACGUCGAAGAUACGCCACAGUCCAAAGAAAUCAUAUGUGUAGAUUUGAUACAGAUGGGUGCAAAUGUUAAUGAUGUACUAUACGAUUUUAAUAACAAUAAAAUCUUUGCACGGGCAUAUAGAAUCUUAAAAUACAUUAUCGAUAUCUUUUUGAAAUUACUGGGAUACUUUCGAAACGCGACGAAACCCGUAGAAGGAAAUAUUUCAGACAAUUUUAAUGAAAUACUUACCGACGAUGACGACGACGUUGAUGCCGUCGAUGAUAAGCCACAGUCUAUAGAACAAAUCCGUGAAGAUUUGAUACAGAUGGAUGAAAUUGAAGACCACGCACGUGGCGUACUAGACGACGAUCAUGAUAACCCAAAAGACACAGAGUCCGAAAUCAAGGAAGAUUUCUCGAUCGUUUCUCCGAGUUCAGAGCGACAAGACGAUGACCCGCUAAGUUUUGAAACCGAUGAAGUUAGUACGGAUUCAUCCGUUACAACUGAAUCUGAGAGUACAGAGUUUUUGGGGAACAAUAAAUUCGCGAAACUCACAGAUAGAUUCAUAAGAUACGCUAACGUGCUCUAUUCCAAACUGAGCCCACUCGAUGUGUCCUAUGUUAUUUUUUUUUAUAAAGGAAACGAAGAAUUAAACGUGACGUUUUUCCCUAGCACAGGAGUACGGCUCCCGAGAACAAGGGAAUAAACCAAACCAGCAAGAACCACUAGGCGACUUUCGAUUGUUUAUAUUUUUAAUUUGUUUUUCUAUAGCUUAGUUAAUGAACGUUACGUCGGAUAAACCCUCUAUGCCUAUAAGAGGAAAAGUAUUUAAAAUUAUUUUUUAUUAAGAUUCGUACGAUUAAUAAAUGUAAUCGUUAAAAAUGUACAAUACGUAUGUUAUAGUAAAUUGUUUAUAAAUAUUACAUUGAGUAUUGCCUACAAAAUAUAAUCGCACAUUGUAAAAUCAAUAAGUGCACGUUACACAUUACAGAAACACUAGGUAGACAAGAAGCCUAACCCCAGAUGAUCCAGAUGUAAACUUUAGGUGUAAUUUCAUACCGACUGCCGUGUAAACAUACAAUUUUUUUUUGUUAAAUACAUUUUUUUCCUAUUUCAACAUUAUGCAAUAGUAUUUUACUUGGUCAAUCAUUUUUUUACAUGGUUUAAGACUAGCAAAAUUACACUGAACUAACAUU